AUGCCUCCUACCCUGCAGAAGUUCACCCUGACUGACAAAGUCGCCGUUAUUACCGGCGGUGGUCGUGGACUUGGUUACAACAUGGCUCAGGCCCUUUCUGAAGUUGGUGUCAAAGGAAUUGCCAUCUUCGACGUUCAGCAGGAACUCGGCGAGAAAUCUGCUCAGCAGCUCUCAGCUCAGACUGGCGUUGAUGUUCGCUUCUACAAAGUCGAUGUUCGUGACCAGGCCGCCAUUCAGCAGGCCGUUCAGGAUGUUGCUGCCCACUACGGCCACAUUGAUGUUCUCAUCAACGCCGCUGGUAUCGCCGACUCCAACGUCAAGGCUGAGACCUAUGAUUCGGAGAAGUUCCGCCGUCUACUUGACAUCAACAUUACCGGCACUUUCCUCGUUGCUCAGGCUGUCGGCCAGCAAAUGAUCAAGCUCAAGACCGGCGGUUCCAUCAUCAACAUCGCCUCGAUGUCUGGUACUAUUGUCAACUACCCCCAAGAGCAAUCCUGCUACAACGCCUCCAAGGCUGCUGUCAUUCAGCUCUCCAAGUCCCUCGCUGCUGAGUGGGCUCGCUUCAACAUCCGUGUCAACUCUAUCUCCCCCGGCUACAUGGACACCGCUCUCAACCGUGUCCCUGCUCUUGACGCCCAGAAGCGCAUCUGGAUGGACAACACUCCUCAGAAGCGCCUCGGUGCUGUUGAUGACCUCAACAACCUUGCUGUCUACCUUGCCUCGCCUGGUUCCAGCUACAUGACCGGCAACAACUGCCUCAUUGACGGUGGUUACACUCUCUGGUAA